AUGUGGACUAACUGUUUUUUUCCGUCUGGUGUUUUUCACCGAUGUUCAGAUGUUCCUAUAUGGACUAUGUUGGACGACUUGUGGAAAAAGCAUAUAAUUAAAAUAAAAUGUGAAAAAAAUUUAACCACGGAACAAUCCAACACUCCCUCCGUCAAAUAUCUUUGCCGAAUCUGUCCUGGUUUCCGUACAGACAACGAAUCCUUAGUUAAAAGUCAUCUUGUAGAAACACACCAGAUUCAGGGUAAAAUGCAUUCAAACCUAUGCUCAUGUGAUGAUUUAAAUGAUUUGAAAACAAUGCUAACUACUGAUGAGAAUUCUGUAGUCUCUACAACAACAACUACAACUACUACUAAUGGUACUAAGGAAUAUCAAAAGUUAGAUAUGUUAGGCGCUUUAUACUGUGAAACAUCCGACACACUGCAUUCACCAACAAAUAUACCUGAUACUUCUCCUACAAUGAAUGAUGCCAAUUCAAUUGAUUCACUGAGUCCUCCACAUUCACCAGUCUCGCCUGUUUUAAGAGAAUCAAAUGCGGAGCGUAAAAAGAUAACGAUUACGUUAAACAGUUCACCACCACCACCUGUAACAACAUCCCCUGCUUCAGAUAUUCAGACUUCAGAGAUAAUCGCAGUGAUAUCAGAUCAGAGUGGAGAUACUACUGUAUCUAUUGCAUACGACACGUUAUCAGUGUCAAAUUCACUUAACAAUUCAAAUCAAUUAUCUGAGAAGCAAAAAUGUCCUGAUUGUGAUCGCUGUUUCAGUAGCUGCAAAGCAUUUGAACGUCAUAUCCUUCGAUCACAUACUCCAAAUAAUCUAUCAGAUGGGUAUUCAGUUGAUUUGGACAGUCAGACAUCUUGUGAAUAUCCAUCGACUACUGUGUCUUUUGAAUUUGUUUGCCCUCAGUGUGAUCGUGGUUUCGCCACCAACCAAGCAUGCAGGAUCCAUGCUAGAGUUCACAAACAAAGCAAAAAGUCUGCUCGUAAUGAACAAGCUAAUCUUAAAGAAGGUUCUGUGGAAUCACGAUACCGUACAAUCUUACCUAAACCAUUCGUUAACAAGCAGACAUCAUGUGUUCAAUUUCAAUUAUUGGAUUUAAAACCGCGCCGGAGAAAUGCUCGUCGUCCGACAAUUUCCUCCUCCUCCUCAUCGUCUGAACCAAUUCUUUCAGCGAAAAAACAAAUCAAUUCUACUCCUCAUCCUCUUCAUCAUGAUGUCGGGAACAAUUCGUCUACUGUUGGAGUGUGCAACUAUACAGCCACCUUCACUUCAGCAGAAAAUUCUCAAACUCAAUUGAAUCCUCCUGCUGCUGCUUUAUAUUAUCAGUCAACUGAUGAUAAUCAUGCUGGGCAUAUUACAAAUCAGAUAAUAUAUGAAUCAGUGACGAAUACAAAUGAUGCAAUCGGUAAACAGCCACACUUACUUACUGUAGCAGCUGCUUACGCCUCACAACUUCCUUUCAGUAGUAAUGAUAUCUCACACAAUAUGGAUAAUGUUGUUACGGAUGCAGCUUUAGUACCUUUUUCAACAACAAAUUCUUCUAUGCCGAGUAUUCAAAUCUAUCCUAUCCCCUGGAUGUCUGAUACACAACACAAUUCUACUUUAACAUCUUCUGACGUCUUAAUAUCUAAUGAAGUAAUCAAUCAAUCAAUAGAUAAUCCAGUUUAUUCUACUUCUUCUGACAAUCAAUUUCAUCAUCCAGUGACCACCAGUGUUACAACAAAUUGUGAAUCAUCUCUUACACAUGAAUCAUCAUUAACACCAUAUUCAUUUAUCCAGCUGUAUCCUGUUAUGAGUUCAGAUGGUCAGUUAUACUAUAUGACUGGUACACCAAUUGAAAUUGCUCAAACAGAUCCUAAUCAUCAAAUGGAUUUCAAUUCUAGCAUUGUUACUGCUAACUGUUGUAAUGAAUCAUCAGGUUAUGAAUAUACAACAAAUGAGAUAUGGACGUCUAAUGAUCUUAGUAGCGCGGAUACUGAUAACAACAACAAUAAUAAUAGUAGUAAUAAUAAUAAUAUAACAAUCAUACAAUAA